AUGGAAAGCUCCACGCAUGCUUCUGUUCUGCCCGCCUUUGAGAACUUUUACUUAAGGUUUAUGAAUAAUUCUGUUGUUGUGGGUGUCAUGUCCAUCCCAGUGGAAAUCGGUUUCUUUUGUCAGCAAUUUACUUCGAGUUUUGGCCAGCAAGGACCACUCUCCUUGAGAUGUCGUCCCUCCGCGACCUGGCCUUGUUGGGACCAAGCAGGCGACCCGGGCAGCGGACGCCACCCCGCCGGCGCGUCCUCCGGCAGCCCCGAGCAGCCGCAAGCCCCACGGCGCCGCGGCCGCCUCGCGCGGCGACUGAACACCGGCCGGACGCAGAGAUCACACGGCGACCCGACUUCUGCCCGUGUUCAUUUCCUUGUCCAUCAGCUGGUGGACUGGCGUGCAGGAAGCGUGGAUGAGCGUCGUCGUUGUCACACUGUCACAGGCUAUCGGCAAAGGUGGAUCUCCGAUUGCUCUUGUUCAAAAUUUCGCUGGCAAAUCGGAGCCAUGACGGAGAAGGAGAGUGCUAUCCUGGACAGGACUGAUACUCCUGAGAUGGAGGGAAGCACCGCUCAAACAGUGCUUGCCCCUGAAGAAACAGGGGGUGCUGCCCUACCCAUGCCCAAUACCCCUACAAUGGAGGGGGACACUGCCAAAACAGUGUGUGUCCCUGAGGAGGAGGGGAGUGCUCCCCUGUCGAUGCCCGACACCCCUGCGAUGGAGGUGAACGCUGCACAAACAGUCACUGAGGAAGAGGGGAGUGCUGCCCUUUCCAUGCCUGAUAUCCCUGGAAUGGAAGAGAAUGCUGCUCAAACAGUGCUUGUCCCUGCAAUGAUGGGUGCUGCUCUACCCAUGCCCGAUACCACUGCGAUGGAGGGGAACGCUGCCGAAACAGUGCCUAUCCCUGGAGAAGAGGGGCGUGCUAACCAUCUAGCAUCCGUUGCCCUCGAAAGAGUGCUUUCCUCUGGCUCCGAGGAGGGGAAUGUUGCUCUCUCCAAGGAGAAUGCUGCUCUUCCCAAAGAGAAUGCUGCUCUCUCCAAGGAGAAUGCUGCUCUCUCCAAGGAGAAUGCUGCUCUUCCCAAGGAGAAUGCUGCUCUCUCCAAGGAGAAUGCUGCUCUUCCCAAGGAGAAUACUGCUCUCACCAAGAAACGGAGCUCUACCUCAUCUACCGAUACACCUGAGAUGACCAUAAGCAGCCCCUCACCAAUGGUCCCUUCCAGUGUAUACGAUGGAGGCUGGGGGUGGUGCAUUGUCGUCUCCGGAUUUCUCACUCUGUUUGUCCUCUCUGGCAUAAGCUUGAGCCUCGCCACGCUGCUGGGUGCCCACCUGACGGCGCUGAAGGCCCCGGAUGCACUCGGAACGUGGAUCUUCAAUGUGCAGAGCGCUGUGUGGUGCUUCGCAGGUCUAUGGGCGGAGCCUCUCAGCUUGAAGUACACACACCGCUUGGUGGGGUCGUUGGCGGCCAUCCUCUGUUCGAUUGCUAUUAUGAUUUCCGCGUCUGUAAGGAACCCCUAUUUAUUUUUCAUCACGAUCUCCAUUAUGUUUGGCACUGGAGGUGGAAUCUCUGUGACAUGCUGCUUCCAGAUGAACAGGAGAUACUUCUGCAACCGCGUGGGCAUGGCAAACGGCUUGGUACUCUGUGGCGGGACUCUGGGGGUGGCCAUGAUGUCGACACUCGCGGGAACAUUACAGUACCAGUUCAACUUCGUCUAUUCCACGCUCAUCAUGGGCACUCUACCGCUGAUUCCGGCCAUUACCUCCUUCAUAACUUUCAUCCCGAGGACUCCACACUGGGAGUCAGAGCAGUCAGAGAUGGGGAAGAGUUUGCUGUUCCGAGCGACACAAUAUGGCGGGUCGUGCUACGUUGGCGCCACCUACACCUUCCCCCACGUGGAGACAGUCGUGGUCAAAAAACACGUCAUCCGGGACCACUUCAAGAAAAAUUUCCGAGUGACAUCGCUCAGGGAACCGCACGUCAUCUCCAUCGCUGCCGUGACUGGUAUGACUCAGUUCGUCAUGAUCAACGUCUAUACGGUGUCGAGCUACGCGCUGAAGCAGGCCCAAGCUUCGCCCAAGGACAUCAUGGUCUUUCUGUGGGUGGCAGGAUCGACCGACCUUGUUUCUCGUCUCUGCUGCUGCUUCUUCGCCGACAAGGAUUGGAUGAGCAUUCCAUUUCUUUACUGGAGUGGGCAGCUACUCUUCCUCGUCACAGCUUUGGUGAUGACUUUCCUCAGGGAGUCGUGGACUAUCGUCCUGAUCUGUGCCGCCGGCUUUGGCUUCGGUUUAGGCAUCAUGUACGUCCUGGACCUGUUGCUCAUGAUGGACAUCUUAGGCCAGAAAAAGUUCCAGUCCGUGUUUGGGGUCAGCAUGGUGUUCCGCUCCUGCUGUUCCCUGGUGAUAGGACCCAUUGGAGGUGUGAUUCGCGAAGUGACCGGUAGUUACACCCCGACAUACCUGUUCUACUGCAGCAUCCUGGCCAUGGCUCUCAUCAUCCCAUUCCUGUCUGGUACUUAUCGGACCGAUAAACCAUUGGACCCACCAAAACUGUCCUCGGAAGGUGUCUAGGGUCUGUAGCAAGAUUGCUAUGUGUGCACGCACACGCAUGUACACAAACGCACACUCAUACACAAACACGCACGCAUACACUUACAUCCACGAGCAUGUA